GCUGAGCGCCUAACUCGACAUUGAAGAUAUAAAUACCGUGAUGUCGAUUCGAGUCCUGAGGAAAGGGCAAACUCAAGCCUCUACCAGCACAAUCAUCAGCUUCUAUCAUCCAGCUCAUUUGCUUCCACAUCUAUAGCACAUUAACACUCCUCCAAAAUGCACUUUAUUAUCUUCCUUACUGCAGCCCUAGGCCUAGGUGCCGGCGUUCUUGCUUCUCCUGCGCUUGUUCCUAAUAGCCUUAAAGCUCGAGAUGAAUCGUGGCAUGGAUGUGCCCAGGGCAUUGAGUGCCACUCUGAUGACGAUUGCCAGGGAGAAUCAGAUUGCGUGCAGAUGGCUAUUGGACACGGUGUACAGGUCAACAGCAAUGUCCACUGUGGCCAGGAUGGUCAUCCUGUUGCUUGCUGGGCUCGAUGGUAGAAUGUCAGAUCUUGUGGGCCCCUACUUGGGCUUUGCUGCUUGCAUCAACUGCAGGUAAGGUGGUCGUGGGUGACGAGUUAUCUUGCGAAUGUUUAGAAAACAUGGAUGAUGG